AUUCUCUGAAAACAAUAAGAGAAAAAUAUGAAAAGAUUUCAAAGAAAGAAAGAAAAAAUUAUAUUGAGAAAUAUUGGUGAAACCAAUAAAAACAGUAUAAUUUAAUGUAUAUAUCUCAUGUUUUACGAGAUUCUUACACAAAGAUUACUCAGCAUGGAUAAUAUAUGGAAAAGCAUAAGAUUUAAAUAUAUCUUCGCUUGCAUCUUGAUCACCUUUAUCACAUCUUGCAUAAUCAGCAUAUCGCCUAUCAAUAUUGAUGAGUGCAAGUGCGAAGCAAAUGUGCAAUCAGGUCAACAUCUCAAGCAGGCGGCUGAUGAGAUUAGUAAGAAGAGAUCUGUGCAUCAAUUAGCCAUACUGGUGCCAUUUAGGGAUCGUUUUGAGGAGUUGCUAAUGUUUGUACCACAUAUGCAGAAAUUUUUAGACAAGCAGAAUAUAGAUUAUCACAUAUUUGUAUUAAAUCAGGUGGAUAGGUACAGAUUUAAUAGAGCAUCUCUUAUAAAUGUAGGCUUCCUCGAAACGGAGAAAGCAUUUGAUUAUAUCGCGAUGCACGAUGUAGAUUUAUUGCCUAUGAACGAUCAAUUGUCGUAUGCAUAUCCAAGUGCAGGACCUCAUCAUAUAUCAUCACCAGACUUACAUCCCCGUUAUCAUUACUUCACCUUCAUUGGUGGCAUACUACUUAUUAAAAGAGAACAUUUCAUACAAGUGAACGGAAUGUCCAAUAAAUACUGGGGAUGGGGUCUCGAGGAUGACGAGUUCUAUGUUAGACUGAAAGAAGCUGGUUUAAGCGUCAGUCGGCCUCAAAAUGUAUCAACAGGCACACAUGAUACAUUCAAGCAUAUACAUGACAGAAAUCAUAGGAAGAGAGAUAUGACAAAGUGUUAUAAUCAACGCGAAGUCACUAGAAAGCGAGAUAGACAGACUGGUUUGAAUAAUGUCUCGUAUAAAAUACUAGAUACAAUUAAGAUGACUAUAUCAGACACUUCUUUAACGGUAAUUAACAUUUCGUUGCUAUGUGAUAAAUCAAGCACACCUUGGUGCGAAUGCGAGAGACUAGUCGGAUCGAAGGAUCAAGGGAAAUCAAAAGAAAAAAAAAAGGCUAAUAAUAGUAAACUCGCAACUGGUUUAUAAUCUAAUACUGAUUCAUAAUGCUAAUAAUUUAAUUGUUAAUAAUAUUACAAAUGUACUCGAGCAACAAACACACUCUUCCAUUUUUUAUGUACUCGCCUUAGGUAAAAAUAAAACAGUUCCCUAUAGUUUGUUCAUAUAUCGUUUGUAAGAGAGAUUCUGUUAUAAUACGUUAUAUAUCUCAAUAAUUUAUAUAAAUUUAAUGGUUUAUUAGACAUUUAUCAAAAUUAUUUUUAAGAAAAUGUCAAAAACCAUCAACAUAUAUAUUACAUAUCUCAACAAUUUGUAUAAAUUUAAUGGUUUAUUAGAUAUUUAUCAAAAUUAUUUUUAACAAAGUGUUAACAAAUUAUCAAUUUUAAACAUUUUUAUACAUUUUGUUAUUUAUUGUAUCUUUUUUAAGUAUUUUAUUUAUAUUGAAUAAAUU